CAGCAUGUUACCCUGCCUUCUGAUGACGUCAAUUUUAUCCGACGCAACUAAAGGUCGUGUUUUGACAGUUGGAUCAGAUAUUAUAAAUAAACCUGCGAAUUCCUAGAAAGCCGUGACGCAGGACGAAAAAAGCCAUUUUUUCUGUAGAUUAAUGUUACAGCUACGUAGGAUGAAUAUAAACCCUGCCUGGCUGUUGAUUCUCUGUUGCGUCCCUGCCGGGGUCUGGUCAGUGCCUAUUGAUCGCAAUGGAGCCAACCAAAAAGCUAAAGAGGAAGCGCAGGAGGAGAGCAUGGACACAGGCCUGUACUACGACAGGUACCUCAGAGAAGUGAUUGGGGUUUUGGAGACUGACCCUCACUUCAGGGAGAAAUUGCAGGCAGCAAACACAGAGGACAUCAAAAAUGGUCAUCUCAGUAAAGAGCUGGACCUGGUCAGUCACCAUGUCAGGACUCAACUCGAUGAGCUGAAGCGGCAGGAGGUUUCUCGUCUCAGGAUGCUGUUGAAGGCCAAACUGGACAGCACAAACAUGCAGAGCCUGCAGAUGGACCACGCCUCCCUGCUGAAGCAGUUUGAACAUCUGGAUCCACAUAAUCAAAACACCUUUGAGGCCAGAGACCUUGAGCUGCUGAUCUCAACGGCCACCAAGGACCUAGAGAACUACGAUGCUGAGAGACAUGAGGAGUUCAAGCGCUACGAGAUGCUAAAGGAACACGAGAGGCGUGAGUAUCUGAAGGGCCUGGACCAGGAGAAGAGGGAGAGAGAGGAGAAGAGAAUGCAAGAGCUGAUCGAGAAACACCGGCAGCACCCCAAAAUCAAUGCUCCGGGCAGUGUUGCUCAGCUGCGGGAAGUGUGGGAGGAGACAGAUGGACUUGACCCUCAGGAGUUCAACCCCAAAACCUUCUUCAAGCUGCAUGAUACAAAUGAAGAUGGUGUUUUAGAUGAACAAGAAUUGGAGGCUCUCUUCACUAAGGAGCUGGAGAAGGUUUAUGACCCAAAGAAUGAGGAAGAUGAUAUGAUGGAGAUGGAGGAAGAGAGGCUCAGGAUGAGAGAGCAUGUCAUGAAGAAUGUGGACACAAAUAAAGACCGACUCGUCACCCUGAAGGAGUUCAUCAAAUCCACAGAGAAGAAGGAGUUCACUAAUCCCAAAGACUGGGAGACUCUAGACACUAAGCCCAUGUACACAGAGGAGGAGCUCCAACGAUUUGAGGCCGAACUCAGGGACAAGGAGGAGGAGCUGAAGAGGAGGGCAGAGACUUUGCGUCAGGAGCAGGAGCUGCUGAAGGAGCGAGGCAAAGCCCUGGAAGCCCAGAAGCAAGAGUACAAGCAGGCUGUAUUAGAGAUGUCCCAGAGACAGAAAGAACUGCAGGCAGCAGACAGACAGCCUCCUGCAGGUCCUAAUGGAGAACUACAGUUCCAGCCAGAGACACAUAAGCCUGAAGAGGCAAAACCCCCAGCUGAACACGAGGCUGAAGCCCAGAACAAUUUGCCUGCAGAGCCUCCACAGAAUCUGCCUUUACACACUUAAUGCAUGCACUGACAGCCUUAACACGCACACACAUGCACACACUUCUGACUUGCACUGACACAGAUAUCCAGAUGGUUCCUACAAACUCAGUUACAGUAUGUUAGCUAUAUGUAUAAAUUUAGACAGACUUGGUUCAUGAGUCUUGACAUAUUUUGCUGUGCAUUCAUCUCUGUGGUCUACAUCAGAUUCAACUACAGUGUAAACUCAUUACCAUCUUCAAAUAAAGUCUUAAUUUUAAACAUCUAAA